CUUGCAGAAACAGUGGAAGCUCAGCCGUAGGAUAAGCGUGCGUCACCCGGCAUUCUCGGACAAGUGUUGGUCUUCUACUGUGACUGAAACGGGCUCCCUAGUCUUUUGAGAGUGAAGAUGAUGGCACAGUUCUGAGGAACAGAAAAACAUAGUUUCGGCUUUUUUGGAUGCUGAGGUCUUGAGACCAUCUUCUGUUUAAAGACUCGCAGCAUGGCUAAGCGUGUGGCUGUGAUUGGAGCAGGCAGCUCUGGACUGACCUCCAUCAAAUGCUGCUUGGAUGAAGGGCUGGAGCCUGUGUGCUUUGAGAGCAGUGAUGAUGUUGGAGGACUCUGGAAGUUUAAGGAAAAACCCGAGGCAGGCCGUUGCAGCAUUUAUCGUUCUGUCAUAGUGAACUCCCCUAAAGAGAUGAUGUGCUACAGUGAUUUCCCUGUGCCGGAUCAUUACCCCAACUUCAUGCACAACUCUAUGACCGUGCAGUACUUCAAACUCUAUGCUGAGCACUUCAGCCUGCUCAAACACAUUCACUUUCAGACCACAGUUCGCAGUGUGAGACAAAGGCCUGAUUUCUCUGACUCUGGUCAGUGGGAAGUGGUGACUGUGGACAGAGAUGGACGAGAGGAGACACAUGUGUUUGACGGUGUGCUAGUGUGUGCAGGACUCUACACACAACCCAUCAUACCCCUCUCAGACUUCCCAGGUAUUGACACAUUCCCAGGGACAAUAAUUCAUAGCUGGGAAUAUAAGGACCCUUGUCCUUACCUUGGUAAGAGAGUUGUUGUCAUUGGGAUUGGGAAUUCUGGUGGAGACAUUGCCGUGGAGCUCAGCAGAGCAUGUGAGAAGACCUUCCUGAGUACCCGGAAAGGUGCUUGGGUCAUAGGUCGCGUGGUCGAUAGAGGGCUUCCUCUAGAUAUGACAAUGAUGACGCGAGCUCGAGAUCUGUUUUACGGCCUCCUGCCUCGAGCUCUGCUCAACUGGAUUUGGGAGAGAAGCCUCAAUCAGAGACAUGACCACAAGCUGUAUGGACUACAGUCUGCUCACAGGAUCCUCGACCAGCGUACCAUUAUAAACGAUAACCUCCCGGGUCGCAUUCUGGUAGGAGAACUGGUAAUGAAAUCAAAUGUGCAGAAGUUUCAAGGCUCGACGGUGGUCUUUGAUGAUGGGACUGUAGAAGAGAAGAUCGAUGCAGUGAUCUUCUGCACAGGAUAUGAUUAUAAAUUCCCCUUCCUCCCCGCCUCCUUAAGCUCUGGUUCUGAUGGAGAUGUGAGACUCUACAGAAGAGUCUUCCCUCCAUCUCUUGAGCGUCCAACACUGGCCAUCAUGGGCCUGCUGCAGACCAAAGGGUCGAUCAUGCCAGCUGUAGAGCUACAGGCACGCUGGGCCACCAGGGUCAUUGCAGGACUAAACCAUCUUCCUCCAGCUGAGAAAAUGGAUAAAAUAAUUGAGAAAGACAUAAAAGCUAAUUUAAAGAGUUACCCCUGUCCCAAGCUGGCUGCCCUUCAAGUGGACUACAUCCCUUACCUAGACACAAUAGCAAAGGAUGUGGGCAUCUGUCCCAACAUUGCUUGGCUGCUCCUGAGGGACCCUGCUGUUGGUUUGAGGGUUUUCUUCGGGCCCUGUACUCCCUACCAGUUUCGACUGAGCGGACCGGGGCACUGGAAAGGUGCCCGUCAGGCCAUCCUUACCCAAUGGGAUCGUGUGGCCAAACCCAUGAAGACACGGCCCAUUCCAGAACCUUCAUCCUUCAGUUUAUUUUUUUGGCUGGGCUUGUCAGGAGGGGCUGCAGUGAUUUUUGCUUUAAUGGCAAUGCAAAAGAAGAUCCCACUCUUUCUGAAUAUCGAUUAGAUCCCAUAGAUAUCCCACACUCAAUUUUUGGGUAGCUCUGUUUUGCGUAUACACUUUAACCUAAUUGUUGGAGUUCAUUAUUUUUUAUAAUCCAUGUAAUAAGUUAUAUUUUAAACUCUUGUCAUACAUUGUUGUCAAACAAGUGUAUUUUUUGUUCUUAGAUUUAUCUCAAAACAAGUGCUCUUCCAUAUAUCCAGACAUCAUAAUUAUCUUCUUUGUGUUUUGUUUUGUUUUUCAACAACGUAAUAUAGUAAUAUGUCUUUGGGCAAUCAUCACAGAAGUAAAGUGUCAGCAUUUUCAUCAAUCAAUAUACUUUUAAAUAAAAAAGUCGUUGGA